AUGGAAGUAGUAUUUCCUAGACAAGUUGAGCUUCCACAAGAGUUUUCGUAUUUUUAUGUCUACAAGAAUCUAGCAGACGAAAACAGGAACUAUAACAAUAGUAGUAACUCCCGGUUAAUGAAAACCUGAAUUCUGCGGAGAUUGGUAUUAGAGAACAACGGUAAUCUCCGGUUGUACCGAUGGGACAACGACAUGAACGGUUCAAGCCAAUGGGUACCUGAAUGGGCUGCUGUAUCAAACCCAUGUGACAUAGCUGGGAUAUGCGGUAACGGAGUAUGCAACUUGGACCGUACCAAGAAAAACGCUGACUGUUUAUGUUUGCCCGGUUCAGUUAAGCUUCCUGAUCAAGAAAACAAUAAACUCUGUUCAGACAACUCAUCUCUGGUCCAAGAAUGUGAGAGAAACAUCAACCGUAACGGUACCUUCAAGAUCUCAACGGUCCAAGAGACUAACUACUAUUUCUCAGAACGUUCUGUUAUCGCCAAUCACAGUGAUAUCGGUAUCGUGAGUAAAUGCGGUUUGAUGUAUUUAUCUGAUUGCAAAUGUGUUUCUUCGGUUUAGAUGAUGAGACACUAUUGUUGGAUUCUAAAGAGCCUGAACUUUGGCGGGUUUAAAGAUAGUGCUAAUGCGUCUUAUCCUUUCAAUAAUAUGAUACGGAUUCUAAAUUGCAUAAAAGCCAGGUUAAGACAGAAGGUUCUUGUGAUAACUAUAGUUGUGGGGAUGUUUGUGCUUGUGGCACUACUUGGUAUGUUGUUAUACUACAACGUAGAUAGAAAGAGAACACUAACUAGAGCCGCAAAGAACUCACUCAUCCUUUGUGACUCUCCUGUGAGUUUUUCUUACCGUGAUCAUCAGAACGCUACAAAUAAUUUCUCCCAACUUCUUGGAUCAGGUAGAUUUGGGACAGUUUACAAAGGACGAGUAGCGGGUGAAACGCUGGUUGCAGUGAAGAGAUUAGAUAGAGAGUUUUCUCAUGGAGAGCGAGAGUUUAUCACCGAAGUCAAUACCAUUGGUUCCAUGCAUCACAGGAACCUAGUUCGUUUGUGUGGUUACUGCUCCGAAGACUCACACCGGCUUCUAGUUUAUGAGUUCAUGAUAAAUGGGUCGUUAGACAAAUGGAUAUUCUCUUCAGACCGGACGGGCAGGCAGCUUGAUUGGGGCACACGUUUCGAGAUAGCUGUGGCAACUGCGCAGGAGAUAUCUUAUUUUCAUGAACAGUGUAGAAACAGGAUUAUUCAUUGCGACAUUAAACCCGAGAACAUCUUGUUGGAUGAAAACUUCUGUCCUAAAAUAUCAGAUUUUGGGUUGGCUAAGAAUGGGAGAGAGCAUUCUCAGGGGGUAACAAUGAUUAGAGGGACGAGAGGGUAUCUAGCUCCGGAGUGGGUGAGUAACCGGCCGAUCACAGUGAAGGCUGAUGUGUAUAGCUAUGGAAUGCUUCUUCUUGAGAUUGUUGGUGGUAGGAGAAAUCUUGAUGUGUCCUUCAACGCUGAAGAUUUCUUUUACCCUGGAUGGGCUUACAAGGAACUAACGAAUGGGACGGCCUUGAAGGCUGUGGAUAGAAGGCUACAAGGAGUAGCAGAGGAAGAUGAAGUAGUAAAAGCCCUUAAAGUGGCUUAUUGGUGCAUACAAGACGAUGUAUCAAUGAGGCCAUCAAUGGGAGAAGUGGUGAAGCUUCCAAUAGAAGAUUCUUCAGACGAGAUUAAUCUGCCUCCAAUGCCGGAGACACUUUUAGAACUUAUUGAUGAAGGACUGGAGGAUGUGUAUAGAGCGUUGAGGAGAGAGGUUAAUAACCAGCUUAGUUCCUUCACUGUUAAUACCAUGACAACCUCUCAGAGCAUUUAUCGAAAUUACCUUUCUUCCUCUCGGUCUCAUGCUACUUGUAGUUACUCUUCCAUGUCUCCUAGGUAGUUCUUUUUUGGCGUUUUGUAGUUUGAGAUUAUUUCUCUUUUUUCUGUUGGCUAACUAAAAUGUAAUCUUCACUCUCUUCGGCAUUUUUUUUUGUUCGUUUUGUGUUUGUUAAAAUAAAAUGAUGUUAUGACUUGAUUACUAGUAGGGUGGAGUUAAAGACGUUGUUAAUGGUCUAAUAUAUAUACUAUAUAUGUAGCACCUGAUAUAAAUAUAGAUUGGAGUUUGGAUUAUCUUACCUUGACUUUUUAAUAGUGUAUUGCCUUAUUGGGUUCAUCAAAGACUAAUAAAUGGUAAGGAAUAUUGUGCCAAAAAGUGAUAAGAAAGGAUACUGGUGACUUGUAAAUGGUUAAAUAAAUCGAAGUCCCAUAAAGAUGUGGUAACUUUUUUUUUUGCGACUAUUAUCUUCAUUAUAUAUUACAUUAAACUAAUCUCGUUUUAAAAAGUCAGAGGAUACAAAAUGAACAUAAGAUAUAAGUAGAGAUUGCAAUUGAAGACCUGAACCGCAGACAUGGCCAAUAAGAUUUGUAACGAGGCAGGUGCCGAUCUGGAGUUUAUGAGGCACUGUGGAUGGGAGGUUGAACUAUACUACGUUGAACAACUCACCAUCUUCACAAUGUUCUUGAAGAAAGCAGUGUUCAAAGGUCUUACUGCGUUCGUCGGUAACAUUGCUUUAUUUUAGUGUGAUGAUGAAAUGCAUAACCUGCAGGUUAUUGUUGACAGCAUUGUGAGAGGAGGAAAUUACAUUGAAAAUGUAGGUAUACGCAUGGAAGAGUGUCUCAUAGAAUUGUCGUAGAAGAAGUUUACAAGAUUGUCUUUAUCCUUAGUUUCUGUAAUCUUUACUUUCUUUUUUCUUAGGUAAUCACUUGAUGGUUAUUUAUGUUCAUGGUUAGAAAGGGCAUGUAGCCGGUUUUUGUUGGUCAUUGGUAGAUGUUAUUUAUGGGUUGUCAAUAACAUAGAUGGUUAUUUAUACAUUAUUGAUCAUGGUUCAAGACUUAUGUUUUGAAUGUAUGCAUACCAAUCGUUAGAGACAAUGAACAAAGUUUGUACUUUUGAUGGAGCAAUUUGUAUUGCGAUUCUAGUAGGUGUUCUCUCUAGUGAAUAUUGUAUCCAAAUAUUUUUGUUUUUUUUGCAGUGAUGGAAAUAGUAAUUUCUAGAUUAGUUGAGCUUCCACAAGAGGUUUCUUCUCAGACUAUUUGGUCAACAUGGAUCUGAGUGUUAAUCUGCCUUUUCACAAGCCACAUCAACACAUUUUUGAAGCUCACGACCCAAGUAACCAAUUGAGAUGCUUUUUCAAGAUAUUAUGCGAUGAUGAUGAAGAAGAAUCUGCUCGCUUUUUUUUGAAGACUAACCACUCAGCAAUUUUUUGCUUUCUUAUUGCUUUUCUUUUGCUUUGUUUUUACUUUGUUUUUGCUUAAUUGAAAUAGGUUGAUGUUAUGACUAAAGUGCCAGUCAGGUGGAAGUUAAAAAAAUGUUGUUGAAGGUCUAACGUAUUCUAUGUAGCAGAUGAUACAAGUCUGACUGGACCACUUGCAUUGACUUUGUAAUAACUUAUUUUUUCAUAAAAGACUAUGGAAACUAUAGCAACAAAAGAAUGAUAGGAAAUGACAGUUGUGACUUGUAAGAUGUUAAAAAAAAUUGAAGUCUCAUGCUUAGCGAAGGCAAAAGAUACUCUAGCUUCUUUAAUAAAUCAUCCUCUAGCAAUAUCUAACCAGGUCAAAACGGACCUGGCGGUCAAAUCCUAUUUCAUUUUAUAUCAUUCUUUCGGAUGAGAACAUUUAUAAAUUAAUAGUUUAACAGAGAACCUUCAUUGCUAAAAUUUCUCAACUGGACCGAUUCCUAAAUUCAAUAAUAUUAUAUUUUAAUAAAAUUCAGUUAUUUAGUUGUUUUUUUAAGAUUUCAAAUUUUAUUUUUUCUUUUUAUUAUUAAGAUACUUAUUAUUGGGUAUC